AUGGCGUGGUGUGCGUGCAGUAGUGCUAGGCGUGGUGGCGCUGGGCAUGGCAUGGGCGCGGGGGCGCUGGGCGGGGAGGAGAGGGAGUGGAGGAGGAGAAAAAACUUACUCUUGGCGGCAUUCUAUUCCCGCAGUCACUCCCAAUCUCCUGCGAUACUUUCUUUCUUCAUUAGUGUAGGGCUGAUCCUUGUUUCUUGUGGAAUGGACAAGAUUCAUGAGGAAUUGGAGCAGGAGCAGCAGGAUGCAACAACCAGAGAUGGGACUGUGGAUUGGUUUGGGAAGCCUGCAGCCAAGGGCUCAACAGGAACUCAAACAUUUGCUUCUGUUGGCUUCUGCGGUGUUUGGACUAACUUAGUUCUCUAUCUCAGUAGAGUACUACAUGAGCGUAAUUCAGAAGCAGCUAAUGCCGUUACUAACUGGGUUGGGACUUCCUACCUCAGCUCCUUACUGGGUGGAUUCCUUGCUGAUGCUUACUGGGGAAAAUAUCGUACAAAUCUCAUAUUUCUUACCAUCUACCUUCUGAAAGCGCUACUGUAUCUUGGACUUUACACAGUAGCUGUAGGUUAUGGAGGAUAUCAGCCUUGCAUCUCAUCAUUCGGAGGUGAUCAAUUUGAUAAGGAGGAUCCUCUUGAACAGAAGCAGGCCACCACCUUCUUCAGCUGGUAUUACAUGUCCAUGAUGGUUGGAGCAAUUAUUUCAGCUACGCUUAUUGUCUAUGUUGAAGACAGUGUGAGCUGGAGCUGUGGGUUCGCUAUAUCUACAGCUGCUGCUGCAGCAUCGAUUAUAAUCUUCUUGAUUGGCACUCGACUAUAUCGGCAUCAAAAAACAGGUGGUAAUCCCUUAACCAGAGUAGUCAAGGUCUUCACUGCAGCCGCUUUCAAACUGUAUGUAGAAGUUCCCUCAGACAGCUCUCAGCUUUAUGAGGUUGACUCUGCUGUUUCUGCUAUUCAAGGAAGUCGUAAGAUCCAGCAUACUCCCAAUUUCAGAUUUCUUGAUAAGGCAGCAGUGAAACUCGAUACUCACGAUGAUAUUAACAUUUCAUGGCGGCUUUGCACAGUCACGCAAGUUGAAGAGGUGAAAUGUAUGAUGCGACUCCUCCCUAUUUGGUCAACAACGAUCAUAUUCUCAACAUUGUACACACAAGUGAGCACUCUGUUUGUCGAGCAAGGCGCUGGUAUGAACACGCUGGUAGGCAACUUCAAAAUACUGCCAGGAUCUCUGUCAACAUUUUGCAUGCUAAGUGUCAUCUUAUGCAGUCCUGCAUAUGAGUGGCUUCUAGUUCCAGCAGCCCGUAAGUUAACAGGCAAAGAGCGCGGAAUUACCAACCUGCAACGAAUGGGAACCGGCAAGGUAGUUGUAACAACUGCAAUGGUCUGUGCCGCUUUUGUGGAGGUCUUCAGGCUGAAGUCCGUGGCAAGAACAAAUUCAGCUCCUCUUCUGAGCGACUUCUGGCAGCUACCACAAUACUUUCUGGUCGGCCUGUCUGAGGUGUUUGCCUACAGUGGGCAGCUGGAUUUCUUUUACGAGCAGUCACCUGAUGCCAUGAGGGGCGUAGGACUUGCUUUGUCCCAGUGCUCAUUUGCCUUGGGGAAUUAUCUGAGCAGUUUGCAGGUGGUGCUAGUUACGAAAGUCACAGGUUGGCUCCCCGAUGAUCUUAACCGUGGUAACCUUGACUACUACUUUUGGUUUCUAACAAUACUCAGCUUUGUCAACCUGGCGUUCUAUCUGUUCUGCUCUCUGCGCUACAAACUCAUUCAAAUCAACCACAACGAUUCAGUUUCAUUGAGGGCGAGUUAUGCUCAGCUUGAUCUUGACCCGGAGGAUCUGAUUGUUGAAAGGUAUGCCUCCGGAUGA